UCCAGAUCUCCCCAAGCUUUGCCUCGGGCAGAGAGUGGUGUCACCUACCGUGCAGCGGGGUUAGCCCCCUCACUCAGCCCAGCCCACCAUGGAGAACAAAGAUGAGGUCAGUGACACAGACAGCGGCAUCAUCCUGCAGUCCGGUCCCGACAGCCCUGUGUCCCCACUGAAGGAGCUGACGCGGGCCGUGCGCAAGCAACAGGAGGCACUGGAGGCGCGUCUGGAGGCCUGCUUGCAAGAGCUGAGGAAGCUGUGUAUGCGUGAGGCGGAGCUGACAGGCACACUGCCUCAAGAGUACCCGCUCAAGCCUGGAGAGAAGCUGCCCAAGGUCCGACGGAGGAUAGGCGCUGCUUACAAGCUGGAUGACCUGGCCUUCCACAGAGAGGACCCUCUGAGCAGCCUGGAGGGGGCAUUGGUCCUGCAGCAGCAGAUCACCGAAGCUGCCCGUCACCUCUACCACGAGGAGAACCUCAGCAAGCAGGUCCGCCGGCGGCGCAAGCAUGCCGUCCUGCAGGAGGAGAAGAAGCUGCAGGAGCUGCGGCGCUGUCUCAGCGAGAGGCGCCCGAGUGGCGGAGGCGGUCCCCUGCCUCCUGGCCCCCUGAGGAGAGUAGAGUUGAGCGCCUCUGACGACAGCUCCCUCUCUGAUGCCAUCCUGCUAGAAGAGGAGGAAACCCGGGUGCCACCCCCAGAACCCUCAGUGCCCCCGGCAUCCCCGGUGCCCCCCUCCCGGCCCCUCCCGCCCCAGAACCUGGAGGGGCUGCAGCCCGUCCGGCCGGAGUCCGGUGGGUCCGAGCGCUCCCCCAUUCAGAACAGCCCCUGGAAGGAGACCAGCCUGGACCACCCCUAUGAGAAAGCCAAGAAGUCAUCAUCAGAGACCAGCAGCGAGGCCAGCAGCCCAGCCACCACUCCCCAGGACGGACCCAGCGUACCCGAGUUGUGUGUGCCGGAACCUGCUGCGUACCACGUGGUUCACGUGCGGGGCGUGCCUGGGCAGCGGCAGGGCCGGGCAAGUGCCCCCUCCACGCCGGAGAUGCCCGGGAGGAGAGGGUCGGCGCAGUGUCUCAGGGCGGACUCGAUCCGGGAUGGCCCUGAAGGCCGAGGCCGCAGUUCCUUCCCCCGCCGCCGCCCGACCCACUAUACGGUGACUGUGCCCGACUCCUGCUUCUCGUCGGCCAGGCCGCCGCUAGCCCGGCCCAUCCGGCCCUCCGGCGCCGAGGACAGCGGCUCCGAGGUGUCCAGCCUCACCUACGUCUGCUCAGCCGGUCGCGGCAGCCCGGACAUCUUCCUGCGCCCGGGCCCGCCCCCGCCGGAGCGGCCUCGUGGUCCCCGCUACUGCUCCACACUGCUGCUCCCCCGUGGGCACCUGCCUGCUGGUGGCUACGUGGUGCUGGCCGAGGGCUGCCUGCCGGAGUCCGGCUGGGAGCGAUACCUCCCGGGGCCCCGCGACCCCCGUAUGGAUGGGGACGGCGCCCCCGUACGCUACCAGCGACUGGUGCCGUCCCACAGCCGGAUCGUGCGGACCCCCUCGCUGAAGGACUGCCCCACGGCAGCCGGCCGGACCCCCAGCAAGGCUGCCGUGUCCGAAGAACUCAAGUGGUGGCACGAGCGGGCGCGGCUACGAGGCUCCCGCCCUCACUCCCUGGAUCGGCAUGGGGCGUUCCGCAACCGCUGCUUCCCCGUGGGCCGGGAGAGCUUGGGGCGAGGCCCAGGGCCUCAGGCACAGGUGCCCACAGUCUGUGUGCUGCGGAGGUCACCUGAUGGCUUCCCUAUGCAGGUGUUCCUGCCCGAGAACGGGGAGAUCAUCAGCCAGGUGUGAUGGUGCCGCUCUCCUGAACUGCCGGGCCCCUCCAGCCAAGCCCCCGGGCCUCACCACCAGGUCUCUGGUAAUCCCACCAGUGGGCUGGACCCCAGAUUUCAGGAGGGGGCAGCUGGCCAGGGCCCGCUAUCUGCCCCCUGAAUCUCCUUCAGCUCUCCAACCCCCAUUGCAGGUCAAUGAUUGGGAGCUAAGGCCUCCUUCCCUUUCCCAUCCCUCCCUCCUUCCCGCCUCCAACCCUCCCUUCUCUUUCCUCUCCCUCCCACUGGGGACAGCUGUGUCGAGUACUUGCUUGUUGUUCUCCUGUAUCUUCAGCAUUGGGAAUUUGGCCCCCUGGGUCCUGAUUCUGCCUACCCACCCACCUCCCACCUGCCUACUUCUCUGCUCUGCCACCUGGGCAGCAGAGCCAGGGAUGAGGGAGCUCAGGAUUGAGAGGACCCAGGUCCUGAGUUUGGGGCCCCAUUCUGCAACCCCGGCAGCACUCCAUAGCUAACACUGCCAUCUCUAACGUUGGGCUGUGGUGGAGCAUGGGACCCAGAUAGGGGUCCUUCUGUCCCUCAUCUGAUUCUGAGUCCUCCAAGGGGAUGGUGGCGGGGGGUAGGAGGUGCGAGGAGCACCUGGAGAGUGGGUGGUUAUCAGUCAGU